AUCCAGCCCCUGGGCCGGGGUAGAUGUGCCGGCGUGGGCCAAACUAAUCUGACGAGUCCGCAGGAUAUUCAGGUCUAUGUUGUAAAUACAAAUUUCACUCUAAGGUGGAACUACACUGGGAAUGAUACCAAUGUGACAUUUUCAGCAGAAUACCGGUGGUUUGAAGAUUCUGAGACAAAUGAAACUGAAUGGAAGGUGUUGCCUGGGUGUCAAAAUGUUACUCGUACAGAAUGUGACUUUUCUUCAGCAAUAACUGAAUACUAUGAUACACAUCAUGUGCGUAUAAGGGCUGAAAGAAGGGAAGAAGUGUCUCCAUGGUCUAGCAUUUUUGAAAUGAUUCCAUAUUUUAUAGCUCGGAUUGGUCCCCCAGGAAUAGAGUUGCAGUCCACAAAUGGAGUAAUAAAAAUUAAGGUUUCUCCUCCAGAAGCAAAUCAGGUCAAAAAAAUGUGGAUAGCUCAUCUAAGUUUUAAAUAUAAUCUAGUUAUCUGGGAAAAUUCAUCAAAUGCAGAGUUCAGAAGUCAAACUAUUUUUCCUAUUGAUGUAAUCGAUGAUCUUGCACCAGACACUACCUAUUGUUUGAAAGUUCAAGCAACUCUUCCUUUAGACUUUCAAGAAGGCUUAUUCAGUCCCAUUCGUUGUGUGAAAACUACCCAUAAAGUGAAUGACCUACUCUGUGCAACAAAUGUGAGCAUUCUUGCUUUGAAUAUGAAAUUUUAUUUGCAUUGGAAUAAUCGGUAUAAACAACAUGUGAGCUACAACGUACAGUAUCUCCUUGGGUAUCUAAAGAAACUUCAUGAUGAUGACUUAGUGAAGUGGCUCAGUGUACCUGGAUGUGAGAACAUCACUGAUACACAAUGCAAUUUCUCAUCUGUCGUCACUGCUCCUUCUGGAACUUUUUAUUUCCGUGUGCAGGCCAUGAGUGAAUAUAAUACAUCGUGUUUUUCUAAUGAAGUAAAAGUAGAUCCUCUGAAAACAAAUGAAAUUGGCCCCCCUGGUCUAAAGGUGGACAUCAGUGAUGUUUUGCUCCAUAUCCAGAUUUUUCCUCCAGGAGGAUCUGAGUGUGAAGUCAUGAGGGACCAUUAUGACUUGUCUUACCGGAUUCUGUAUUGGAAGAAUUCAUCGAAUGACGAGGAGGAAAUCAAAGUGAAAGAGAUAAAACAGACAAUAGGGACAGUCUCUGAUCUAACACCCUCAACUUUGUACUGUGUAAAAGUACAAGCAUUCUCAGAAGCUUUCAACAAAAGCAGCCGCUACAGCAAAGAGAAAUGCAUCAGAACACCUGGAGAUAAAACUUUACCUCUGAUCAUUUUAGCAACAUUUGUGACUGCCCUGUUUGUUGUCUUGCUUGUGGCUACACUACUUACUUUUGCCCUAUAUCAAGCCUACAAUAAAAUCAAAUACAUGUUCUUCCCAUCCUGCCAGCCUCCUUUGAACAUAGAGGGUUUUGGAGGACAGCACUUUGACAAUCUUUAUCUGUCAACUACAGAAGAACCAAUAGAAAAUUGUUCUAUAAUCGAGGCUAUCAUCACAGAAGAAGUAAAUCAACUUGAUUUUAAAGACUACAAACAUUCUAAACAGAGCAGUCGAGAUUCGGGAAAUUAUUCUAACGAUGACGAUACUUCGGGGAGCAAAAUGUCAGAAGAAAUGCUAGAAAAGGAAAUAGUAUAACUUCUCAGAAAAUAAAAUUCAUACAUGGGACUUACAGCGUAAUGAACACUUAAAACUUUCUUAUUAUGAAAGUCACAGCCUAAG